AUGGGCCCGAUGAAGGCUCGUAUCGUCUAUGACCAGUCGUGGUCCUUGAAAUGUGCUAUGGAGGUCACCGAAAGAAGCUCAGGCGGCGCCGUCACCUCCACGAUCUGCCUGUUCUGCAAGUUCCACGGCCGCCAACUCGACAUGGUGGGCCACCAGCGCGCUACCAGGAAAGGGCCGCAGCACCACACCUCGUGGCGCACAGACCUCUUCCUAAAACACCUCACCAGUCAGCACGCCGAGUUGUGCGAAGCGUAG